AUGCUCCACCCGAAAUUCGACUAUCUCUGGCAGCCUGGGCAAGCGGAUAUUGUCACGGGCCCUAUCUGUUCUACCAUCAGCAGACAGAUUGUCCGCAUCCGCAAAGAAAACAUCCAGAGUCGCAUCACUGGGGACCACGUGAUGCGAUUGCCCCGCUUUUUGGGUCCUUCUUCAUUUACCUGUUGGCAUGUUUCUAUCUUGCCAAAACCACCUGUUGAGGGAUGGGCGUACUACAAAGUGGCCAGGAAACGAUUUGUCGACAAUGUGUGCAUGCAGGGAGCGGAUUAUUUCCUCGUGAACGGCCCGGAAGCACCCAUGAAGUUGUUCUCGCCAUCGUGGGUCAAUGGUCUCUCGGACAAAGCAUUGGAGGAGAUUGCAGGGGAGGAUGGCAACACAAAGCGGAGACGUCUACAGCUGCGGAAGAAAAUCACCGACUUGGAAGCUGGCAGGAAUAUUGUCUCGAAUUAA